GUCUUUGCUUUUUUUAUAGCGUGUGUCUGAGCGUGUGUGACUGAGAUGACGCGCCGGUGAUGUGAAUUUAUGUACAUGAAUAAUUUUGACGUAAUUGUUGGGACUGAAACAAAUAUAUCACAAUGGCCGAUCAGGUUGAUUCAAUGUCAGACGCGGAGCUCCGCACUAAGCUUGCUGAACAUGGAUUCCCGGUUAUGCCGAUUACGGCUUCUACUAGAAAACUUUUGGUUAAAAAGCUUAAAAUGGUGCUAGACAACAAAAGCAAGCCUCGCAAUAGCGUUGACAGUAAAGUUGAAAACAGAAGAUCACUGGCGCGCUAUUCUAGCGGUGAAGAAUCCGAUUUAGACUCUAGUAGUGUGAAGGAUAAACGUGGUAGACGAGUCACAACGGGCAGUGCUAUGCUACCUCCUAAGUCACGACGCACCCCUGUUAAAAAAGAUUCCCCAAUUAAACUGGAUUCUGAUAAAGGAUCAGAAUCUGAAGAGGAGAAAUCUCCAGUACGAACGCAUGAAGAGGUGGAAACAGUUACAACCCGGCGUGUUACACGGACAUACACUAACGAUCAGGAUGACUAUGAGACUGGAUCAGACAGUGAUGUUGAUAUUGACAAGAAGUCGUCAAGCCCAGUGAGGAGCAACUCCAGGUCUAGUACUUAUGUGUCCAGUACACUUUCUCCCAAAAAUGUUUCAACAAGUCCACCAAAAACGUCCAUCUUCUCUCGCCCAUCCCUUGCUACUAAUUAUGGCUCUUCUCUUUCUUCCUCUGACCAUUUAAAUUCAAUUCGAUCUAGGCUCGGCUUACCUACUUCUUUAGCAGAUAGACCAUCAAGUAGUUAUUCUUCCAAUUUCUCAUCCUCAACUACCUAUCAGCCUACAAACAGUACCUAUCUUCCUCCAACAUCUCAGCCUGAGGUGGAAUCUCCAUAUCUAAGUAAUUUUACAAGGCGAUUGUCAGCUUUAAAGUCAGACCCACCAAAAACUUCAUUUAUUGAUAGGGAGCCAACAAAUGGUGGUGCAACACUUCGUCGGUCAUAUGUAACAGGAGUGUCGAGAGCAGAUGCUAUUAAUUACAAAACAGCAAAUGAUAAAAAUUUUUUGAAAAAUAAUCUUGUAUCUCUUGCCCUGGUUGCAUUAGUUGCACUUUUUUUUUUUUGCUUAUUUUUCCUGUAUAUAGUUAAGAGAAAUGAUAUUACAUCUGUAGCAGAUGAUCAGAAUAGUGAUAUUCCAAUAUGUCAAUUAAAUAUCCCAGGAAAUAGACCUGGCAUAAAUUGUGUUCCCAAACAGCAAGUCAGCUUAGCUAAAAAUUUAUUGACAAUCAUUCAUCCAGAAUUAACCUCGAGAGCAGCAGCUUAUAAAUGUGGCAAGCCUGGUGCUGUACCUUACAUGACCGAGAGUGAAAUAAUUGACAUGGCUCGUGCAAAAGCAAACUUUUUUGAUAUUACUCAAUGUAGGACGGAUUUGAACAACUUACAAGUACUUCUUGUCCAUAACCCAAGAUGGGGAAUCAAUGUUGUCCAACUUAAGAACUUAUACACAAGGGAUGUUGAAUACAUCAACCUUCUAUCAACCGAUGUUAUUGUACAGCAGAGAAACAAAGGAAGUGUUGCAUUAGUUCUAUCAGAUCCAUCCACUCCUAUCUCUUGUCUGUUUGUUAACACUCUGUACUCUGCUGGAACUACUGUCAUCAUCAUUGGGAUCAUUGCUGCAGUCGUCCUUGGUACGCAAAGAAUGUAUAAAUUAUAUCUCAACUAUCAAAAAAAGAAAAGUGAGGAGAUCUAUUCAAUGGUUGAACAAAUCAUUGAUGUAAUAUCACAUGAGACUGAAGAUAGUGGUGAGCCAUACAUAUCUGUUGGACAUGUCAGAGAUACUCUAAUAUCUCCACAAAAUAGAGAAAAAAUGGCGUCAACUUGGGAUGCAGCUGUCAAGUUUAUACAGAAAAAUGAGAGUCGUGUUCGUAUGGAAGUGCAAUCUGUUGAUGGGGAGGAUUGUCAAGUUUGGAAAUGGGUUGCAUCCCACAGCAGCCCGAAAAGAAGCACAUCUUGGCAGGGACAGGCAUUUGAAACUCAAGAAGGCUCUGUAAACAACCUCACUGUAUCACCCACACCAUGCUUGAAGAUUCGUCAUAUGUUUGACAAAAAUGACACAAAUCCCAACUUGGUAAAGAUCAUUCAAGAUGUCAUUCUUGAAAAAUGUGAGCAUUGUAACAUUCUGCAUAUCGACAUAGAGAGAAUGUCAUGUUGUGUAUAUGUCAAAUGCGCAACACCUGCGGAUGCUGGGGUAGUAUACAAGAGCCUACAUGGAUGGUGGUAUGAAGGUCGACUCAUUACAGUGAAGUAUUUGCGAUUGGAACGUUACAUGCAAAGAUAUCCCAACUCCCCAUCAUCUGGACCCUAUUUAAAACUUUCUCGGCCAAAAAGAACCUGGGAUGAGUAAAAAUGAAUAUAUAACUUUAACUAUUUAUUUUUUGCCUUAAAACCUUAUAGACUUAUCACGGCCUUUAUUGUUGAGUGUUGUUAAUAGAUAAAUAGCAAAUGUACUCCAUAGGAACUCAAACCUUAUGAUAUUUUUGAACCCAUAAUAAACUAUCCGCAUAAUACCCAAAACAAAUGUGCAUUUGAAUUGUCUAUGUUAUAUAUUUUAUAAGAAAAAUAAUUGUCUACAUAUUGAAUGUAUAACUAAUUCAUGUUUUAGCUAUUAAGGUCCCACAAUGUUGUACUUUGUAAAUAUUUGACAUCACAAAAUUGAUUUAUCCAUAAAGUGAUGACUCACAAAAGUUAUUGGAAUUUAUUGUUUGAACAAAGUGUUUCAUAGUGUUUAACAUUAACAUUAAUUGGUGUAAUGUAAGGGAAAGUGUCUAUGUGAAAGGCACAAUAAAAAAAAAUUCUAAUUUUGUGUUAUUUUUAAGAUUGACAUUAUUUUUUUAAGUAUUCUAACCAAUUCAUUUAUUAAUUUAGCAUUACUUUUGGAUUGAUUUUCACUUUGAAUAAAUAAAUAAAUAAGACAAA